GUACGCUCAACACUGUGAAUAGAAACGAUGGUGUUUGUUAUGUUGUGAAGACCAAACAGAAAGGAUAACUUAUACCAUAAAUUUUGUGGAUUUAGAUCGAUUUAAAUUCGUGGUAUAUAUUCUGAUAUUAAUAUUUAAAUAUUGGAUAUUUCAGCAAGAAACUUUCAUGUCUAUUAGGAGCUAUUAAGGGAGAGCAUUACAGAGCUGAAGGAUGGGUAUUUUUUGACAUUAGUGCAGUAUUAUAGUUACAUUCAUACAGUCAAAAUCUACUUCGCUUUAUCGUUUCAAAGGAGGAAUUAUUUUGGUGUGGCCUAGUUGUAGCCUAGGCCCAAGUGGCUGACCCAAAGAUGGCUGACGUGGAUCCUGAGACGUUGUUGGAAUGGCUCCAAAUGGGCCAGGGAGAGGAACGAGACAUGCAGCUUAUUGCAUUGGAACAGCUUUGUAUGUUACUGCUAAUGUCGGACAAUGUGGAUCGUUGUUUUGAGAGUUGUCCCCCACGAACAUUUCUUCCGGCUUUGUGCAAAAUCUUUUUGGAUGAACAAGCACCCGAUAAUGUACUUGAAGUUACAGCCCGUGCUAUCACCUACUACCUAGAUGUUUCGGCUGAGUGCACACGACGAAUCAUUGCGGUGGAUGGCGCUGUCAAAGCCAUCUGUAAUCGCUUGGUUGUUGCUGAGCUCUCGUCUAGGACUAGUCGGGAUCUAUCUGAGCAAUGUAUCAAGGUUUUGGAACUGAUGUGUACCCGUGAAUCUGGUUCUGUCUUUGAGGCUGGAGGUUUGAACUGUGUGCUGUCUUUUAUCCGGGAUAAUGGUAGUCAGAUCCACAAGGAUACACUACAUUCCGCCAUGUCGGUUGUAUCUCGGCUGUGUGGAAAGAUGGAACCGAGCGACACUUCUUUGGAAACGUGCGUUCAGUCCCUCUCAACGCUCCUAAACCACGAGGAUGGACAUGUUUCAGAUGGCGCAUUACGCUGCUUUGCGUCUCUAGCUGACCGGUUCACUCGGCGUGGAAUUGAUCCAGCACCCUUAGCAAAGCACGGUCUCACAAAGGAACUUCUAGAGCGUUUGUCCAACUGUGGUAUCCCCAAGUCACAGACCCUAGUUGCCAAAGGUAGCACGCCCUCAACUCCUGCUGGAAGUACUCCGGACUCAAAAAGUAAUCAUAACAUAUCUACAGUUAUAAGUCUGUUGUCUACAUUAUGCAGGGGUUCCCCUGGUGUUACUCAUGAUCUGUUGCGUUCAGAGCUACCAAAUGCAAUUGAGAAGGCCCUGCAGGGAGAUGAAAGGUGUGUCCUAGAUACGAUGCGUCUGGUGGACCUGUUGAUGGUUUUAUUAUUUGAAGGCCGUAAAGCACUACCUAAGACCAGUAUCACGAUUGGUGGGUCGUCGCGCAUGACUGGUUUGAGGAGGCUUGAUAGCUCGGGUGAACGAUCUCAUCGCCAACUCAUUGAAUGUAUAAGAAGCAAGGAUACAGACGCUUUGAUCGAUGCUGUAGACACCGGAGCUUUUGAAGUGAAUUACAUGGAUGAUGUUGGACAGACACUUCUCAAUUGGGCAUCGGCAUUUGGCACUCAGGAAAUGGUGGAAUUUUUGUGUGAACGAGGUGCAGAUGUCAACAGAGGGCAGCGCUCAUCUUCACUACAUUAUGCAGCCUGUUUUGGGCGACCUCAAGUAGCCAAGACACUUCUUCGUCAUGGAGCUAAUCCUGACCUUCGGGACGAGGACGGUAAGACACCUUUAGACAAAGCACGUGAAAGAAACGAUGAAGGACAUAGAGGUGUUGUCCAGGUACUUCAGUCACCAGGUGAAUGGAUGGUACCAGUUACCCCAACCACCACCACCUCUAGCCCAACUACCAAGGAAGAUGUUUCCAAGAAGGGGGAAUGUAUAGUUAGUGCACCCUCAACACCACCACCAUCAGGACCCAAAGGUGAUCCUGAGAUGGCCCCAGUGUAUCUUAAUAAAUUGCUGCCCAUAUUCGCUCAGGCCUUUCACCAUACCAUGAUGCCUUCUAUAAGAAAAGCCACCCUAGCCUUGAUUCGUAAAAUGGUGCAUUAUAUAUCUUACAACCAACUAUUUGAAGUGUGUGACACUGAUGGAAUUCACUUUGCCGCUGUUUUAGUUGAAGUUUUAGCAAAUGUUCUUGAUCAAGAGGAUGACGAUGAAGGCCACCUUACUGCCUUACAAAUUAUUCAAGACCUGAUGCAGAAGGGCCUCAACCUAUUCCUUGAUCAUUUUGCCAGGCUUGGAUUGUUUAGUAAAGUUGCAGCCUUGACGGGUCCUAUGGACGAUUUAGAUGAAGAAACUGCAAUAGGCAGUGAUAAAAAACAAGAAAAAGAAAUAGUACAAAUGGAAGACGCAAAAGAAAUCCUGCAAGGGCGUCCAUUCCACUGGCGCGACUGGUGCUUGGCGCGUGGUAGAGAUUGUCUGUAUGUCUGGAGUGAUGCUGCAGCUCUAGAGCUUUCUAAUGGCAGCAAUGGCUGGUUUAGGUUUAUUCUAGAUGGCAAGCUGGCAACCAUGUAUUCCAGUGGUAGCCCAGAAGGAGGAUCUGAUAGCUCAGAGAGUAGAAGUGAAUUUCUUGAGAAACUCCAGCGAGCUAAGAACCAAGUAAAGGCAGGCAUGACUAGCCAACCCCUCCUAACUCAUCCAGGACCUACGAAGCUAGUAGUUGGUAACUGGUCUUUGCAGUGUAGAAAGGAUGGUGAGGUGGUCAUCCACAAUUCAGAUGGACAAGCACAAGCUACAAUAUUACGUGAGGAUCUACCUGGUUUUAUAUUUGAAUCAAAUCGGGGCACAAAACAUUCAUUCACUGCUGAAACAUCCCUCGGUCCUGAAUUCUCAACCGGUUGGACAGGCAAGAGAGGGAAGAGGCUUAGGUCAAAGGUUGAACAGGUUAAACAAAAGGUUAAAUAUCUUGCAAAUGAGCUUUAUGAUGGCUACUUCAAAGCAGCAGAGGCUCACCCAAGGGGAGUAGUAGCUAAAUUAAAAGACAUUGUAGCUCAACUGAAGUCGGCUUGUGCCUCCCAUAAUGACGUAACUAAGCCUUCUGAAGGAGAGAACAGUUGGCGUGAGGAAAUGAAAACAGCAUUGGAAUCACUUACUUUACUACUUAAAGAGGAGGGCACAUUGUCUGCUUAUGAAAUACACACAAGUGGUCUUGUACAAGCACUUGUCUUAACACUAAAUAAUAAUUAUGAUGAUGUUCUACUACAUGAUGGUCACCUUAAAGAAAGAGUAAACUUAUUCAAAGCUGCCUUUAGGGAAACAAGCGAUGAUGAAAGUAUUUCUCCUGCUGUAAUGUUAGUUCGUAAAUUUAUUGCUGUAUUGGAGUCUAUAGAACGGCUUCCACUCUGUCUGUAUGAUUCACCGGGAUCUAGUUACGGUUUACAGGUCCUUACAAGACGAUUGCGCUUCCGUCUAGAGAAGGCCCCCGGGGAGACAUCUUUAAUUGACAGAAGUGGACGCACACUUAAGAUGGAACCCUUAUCUACAAUUAGUAGUCUAGAAAGAUAUCUUCUAAAAAUGGUUGCAAAACAGUGGUAUGACUAUGAUAGACCCAGUUUCACAUUUGUUAAGAAACUGAAAGAAACGACUCCAAUCACAUUUAGACACACCCAUGACUUUGACGACAAUGGCAUAAUCCAUUGGAUUGGCACAAAUGCAAAAACUGCCUAUGAAUGGAUUAACCCAGCUCAGUAUGGCUUAGUAGUGGUGAGCAGCUCUGAGGGGCGAACUCUUCCAUAUGGACGUCUGGAGGACAUUUUAAGUAGGGAUGCAUCGGCGCUUAACUGCCAUACCAAUGAUGACAAACGGGCAUGGUUUGCAAUAGAUUUGGGUCUGUGGGUUAUUCCAUCAGCAUACACAUUACGACACGCUAGAGGCUAUGGCAGGUCUGCCCUGAGGAAUUGGCUACUCCAAGUGUCCAAGGAUGGACACAACUGGACAACUCUCCUGACCCAUACUGAUGAUUCAUCCCUUAGUGAACCAGGAUCCACUGCCACUUGGCCCCUGGAACCCUCUAAGGACGAGAAGCAGGGCUGGCGCCAUAUCCGUAUGCAGCAGAUGGGCAAGAACGCAAGUGGACAGACACACUACCUGUCACUUUCCGGCUUUGAGGUGUAUGGCACUGUAACUGGAGUCUGCGAUGACCAGUUAGGAAAAGCAGCCAAGGAAGCUGAGGCUAACAUGAGAAAGCAGCGGCGUAUGAUCCGUUCCCAGGUAUUGCGGCAGAUGCUGCCGGGGGCUAGAGUUGUGCGUGGAAUGGACUGGAAAUGGCGUGACCAGGAUGGUAAUCCAAGUGGAGAGGGUACUGUAACAGGUGAACUACACAAUGGGUGGGUUGAUGUGACUUGGGAUCACGGAGGAUCCAACUCUUACAGAAUGGGUGCUGAGGGAAAGUAUGACCUUAAACUUGCUCCGUCCCACUCCGAGAGCACCACUGCCAAGACGGCUCGAGUCUUGGCAGCUGCUUUGGGUCCUAGCCCAACUUCCAAAUCCAACAGCACUAAAGUUACCGAUGGGGAACUAGGCAAGAGUAGUAUAGCAUCCGCAUCAACAUCAACGUCCAGCCUUGGCAGUAUUAAGAGCAGCUCAAGUCCAAGCCUUAAUGCAAUGACAGCGUUUCUUAUGGAUAAUAAAGCAGCAAACAAAGAUCUAUCCAGUGCAGCAGUUGAAAGUGCUCUCUUAGCAUCUGGUCUAAGUUCCGUGGUGGAGGAUGCCGCCCUGACAAAUGAAGAAUUUAGCAGCGAGACUCAACAGCUUGAAGACAAGGGGGCAUCUGCUCCAGAUACAAGGGACACAACCUGUAGUAUGAGUGUGAGUGUACCAAACUUGAGUAGUACUCGGGACGCAGUUGCUGGACUUAUGGAAUCUGUGCUCUUACAUCGUACUGUUGGAUCUGCCAACAACUUCUCCAACAACCGUGGCAGUACAUUCCCCUCAAGUUUCGUCAGGUUUCCAUCUGGCCUAUCUAGUAGCUCUUUUUGUUCAGCAUUGUUAAGCAGUGCACAGAGUGCCCCCAACCUACCAGCAGUAACAACCUCAUCCACCAGUUUUGGCAUCGCCAACGUGACCACGAGCGUGGCUACCAGGUUGAGCUCAACCCUAGCAGCUAGUCUGGCAUCAACAUCAAGCGAGAGCGACAACGAUUUCUUGGAUUCCUGCCGAACUAGCUCUUUCUUGGCUGAUCUGGAAGAUGAUGAAUUCUGUCAGGAGGGCGAGGACAUUGAUGAUGAGAAUGAAGAUGAUAGCGAGAUGGAGGAUUAUGAUGAUGUCAUGGAUGAAGGUGAGGAGUAUGAUUUGCGUGGAAGGAGAAGAACAUGGGAUGAUGAGCAUGUUCUUAAGAGGCAGUUCUCAGCACUUGUUCCUGCUUUUGAUCCAAGACCUGGCAGGACCAAUGUCAAUGCAACGACUGACUUAGAGAUACCACCCCCUGGCUCUCCAGAAACAUCAUUUGUAACAGAAGCAGAGUCGGCUCCCUCGCCGAGACUUGCACUCUAUCUACGUGGCCCUGGAUUACCUGGGGUACCAGAAGUUGAGACACUUUGUGCUGAUCCCAACGCCCCAGUGUUUAGAUACGUACAGAAUCUGUAUCACUCUGCAGGAUCAGCUGUCAAACUUGACAAACUGCGCAGAAUUUGGGAACCAACUUAUGUAGUUGUGUAUCGUGAACUGAAGCCUGAAGACGGUUUGCCUGGAGAUUUAGAAAACACUGGAGGGCGUUGGUCGACAUCAUUUGUUGAGCAACAAGUUGGUUCCGAUCAAUUACCAAAGUCCGAGCUGAUUGCUUACUUGCAACAAAAUGCAGACAUUCAGUUUUUAAGAAGGUGGAAGCUGAUUGGUUCUUCAAAGAGUAUACGAAAGAGCCGCAACUGCUCGCAGCUUGUGGCUGCGUAUAAGGAAUUCUGUAGAUUAGGUUUCAAGCCAGUUACAAGUCGUACUCGUCAUAGAAGUGGUCGUGUCUUGAAUGAAACGGACUGUGAAGUAAUUAACAAGAAUGAACUGUCAGCAUGCACUGUUGACGAGGUUCUGCAUCUCCUUAGGAUUCUAUAUGCCCUUGCCACUGACGUGUCUGAAACUGGAAAGAUCGAAGGUGCAGAUAACCAUCAAUUUUCUGUAUCAGUUGAAGAAUUUGUGAGCAAGAAGAUUACUACUAAGCUUGUACAGCAAGUUCAGGAUCCGCUGGUGUUGUCCAGCUCAGCUCUUCCAAGCUGGUGUGAGAAGCUGACCAAUAGAUGUCCAAUGCUCUUCCCCUUCGAUACAAGGCAACUUUAUUUCACCUGCACAGCAUUUGGAGUAUCAAGAGCUAUUGCAUGGCUUCAGCAGAAACGUGAUGAAAACGUGGAGCGUGUGCGUCCAUUGUCGUCCCGUAGAGAUGACCAACAUGAAUUCCGAGUAGGCCGCUUAAAACACGAAAGGGUGAAGGUACCACGUGGUGCUCAGUUACUAGACUGGGCUCUGCAGGUGAUGAAGCUGCAUUCAGAGAGGAAGUCCAUUCUAGAGGUUGAGUUUCAUGGAGAGGAAGGUACAGGACUUGGUCCCACCUUGGAGUUCUAUGCUUUAGUUUCAGCUGAGUUGCAGCGCAAGAGCCUUGGUAUGUGGAUGUGUGAUGAUGACCACCCAGAUGACCAGGCCCGAGAGGUUGAUAUUGGUGAUGGAAGAAAAUCGCCUGGAUACUACAUCCAGAAGACAUCUGGCCUUUUCCCUGCUCCACUCAUCCAGGACAAUGAGGAUACGGAACGUGUGGUACAACUCUUUCACUUCUUGGGCGUGUUCUUGGCAAAAUGCAUCCAAGAUAAACGCAGGGUAGACCUUCCAUUGUCCAGACCCUUCCUGAAGCUGAUGUGCCUUGGAGAGGUUGGCAGCAACAUCCAACACGUCUGCACAAAUUCUUCCAUGAGAGAUUCGGAUUCAUACUCGGUAGAAGUGAUGUCGGAAGCAUCUUUAGAGGACCUCAAUGAACUCAUAUCAGAGAUCUCUCUCGAAGAGACUGAAUCAAAAUCGGAGCUGAUUCUUGGUGAUCCGCCAAAGGCGAGGACACCAGCCUGGUUUGCGGGACUCUUAACCUGGGAGGAUUUUGAAGUGGUCGAUCCCCACCGUGCACGAUUUUUGCUGCAGUUGCGUGAACUUGUGAAUAAGAAGCGUAGUAUUUUAAAAGAUCGGACUUUAAGCGAUGAGGAGAGAAAUAAUGCAAUACAAAACCUUGCCCUGGAGUCUGAGGAUAAAUCUAUACCACCAAUUAAGCUAGAAGAUUUAGGACUGACAUUCCAAUUCAACCCAUCAUCCCGUGUGCAUGGCUACAGUGCCUAUGACUUAAAACCCAAUGGUGAAGAAGAGAUGGUAACCAUAGACAACGCAGAAGAGUUCAUUGACCUGUUGCUUGAAUUCUGUCUUCAUACUGGUAUUCGGAGGCAGAUGGAGGCAUUCAGAGAUGGAUUCAACAAAGUGUUUCCUAUGGAUAAACUACACGUCUUCAAUCCUGGUGAGCUACAGACAAUCAUGUGUGGUGACCAAGCACCUUCAUGGACACGAGAGGAUGUGCUGAACUACACAGAACCAAAGCUAGGCUAUACCAGAGAAAGCCCUGGAUUCCAAAGGUUUGUCAACUUAAUGUGCAAGAUGGACAAGGAUGAACGCAAGGCCUUCAUGCAGUUUACCACUGGCUGUUCGUCACUCCCACCAGGCGGCCUAGCUAACCUCCACCCUCGCCUCACGAUCGUCCGUAAAGUUGAAGCCGAUGAUAAGACAUACCCAUCCGUAAAUACAUGCGUGCAUUAUCUGAAACUACCGUGCUACUCAAGUGAAGAAAUAAUGAGAAAGAUGCUGAGAUCGGCCACGACAGAGAAAGGUUUCCAUUUGAACUGAAGAAAAAAAUAAAUCAUAAUUAAUAUCAUAUCGAAAUUAAUAUAUAGAACAUUGUUUUAUUUCAUUUGGUUUUGCUGAAAUUUGGAAUCAAAAUGAGGGAGCACAAACACAGCAGUAAAACUUUGUCUGAAAAAUAUCCAUGCCCUAAAUAUAUUCCUUCCACUAAUCAGCAUUUAUGAACUUUGUCAUUUAAUUUGAUUUAAUCAUAUGCCAUGUUUCUACUGAAGCAAGUCCUGUAUGUAUGGAACAUGCAUGUCUGCUAGCAUCUGAGUAGCCAAUGGGAAGUCAGUAAAAUACACUAGGUUAUUGCAGUGCAUUGUGGUCAGACAAACAAAACAUAGUUGUAUCUGCUGUCUAGGUGAUGGCAGUUGAAGCAGACGGUAUGAUUCUGAUUAGCUUUGAUCGAUUAUUCAUGCAGAUUUAAAAUUUUCUCUAAGGAUAUGUUCACACUAUCAAAUUUUAUACAACAAAGUGUGAUAUGCCCAUAUUUGGGUGUGAACAGACCUUUAGUUUACAACUUAUUGACUAUUGAUCAAUAUUCAUAAUAUUAUGUACAUAAUCUCCUUUGAAAAGCAUCUCACAGGAUUGAUGUACUAUUUAAAAACUGUGUAUCAUGAUUGCUUGGGUCUGUUUCUACUUGUGGCGUGGCAUUCUACGACUCACUGGAUUGCUGAUAUAUUGUGAUGCUUAUUUCUGUGUAUUAUAUAAUGCAUGAGUAGAAAAACUGUUAUAAUCUGGUGCAAUUAAUACACAACAGUUUAUGACUGCAAAAAGCUUCAUAGUUCAGAUACAUACAGUAGAAAGAUAUUUUAAUUUAAAAUAAAAUAGUGAUAGGUUGCCAUGAAACAAUACUGUAUUUUAUUGAGGGUUCUAUGCUGUUGGCUUUAUGGGUAGCAAGACAAUUAACAAAAUUAUGGUAGCUGAUUAUGGAAAUGUAGAAGGCUUGGGAUUAAAGGGAAUAGGAUUGAUGAGUUUGCAAGAGUGAUUUAUUAUCUUAAAUAACAAAUUUAUAUUCUUUGUCUUUUUUUUAAAUUAAUUUUUUGUUUUUAUAUAAUUAAUUUGUCUUAAUUAUUAUUAUUAUUAUGGAGUAACUCAUGCAUAGAAAAGCAAUAAUAGAAAAAUGUCUACUGCACAGUGUUUUGUUUUGGAGUAAAAGAUUUCAAAGCGUCUUUUUGCUUUCCCAAUUGGUGUUGGGUAAUUUUAAAAAGUGAUACAGAAAACAUUUCUCUAAUUUUUUUGUUAGAUAAUUUUUGAUUAUGCAAUACAAGCUGUAAAAUAUAAAAGAUAUAGGCAUGUUCACUUGUUUUUUUCUAAAGCUAGGUUACCAUUAAAUAAAUUCAGCACAUAGUACAAAUUACUUUUUAAUGAACUUGCUGUAUAAUUGUAGGUCCAGUGAGUUGGUUUUUUUCUUCUUUUUUUGUGGAAAGUUAACUAUUAUUAUAGAAAUACUAUAUAAUCAUUUAAACAUUGUAACUAGACGUAAUGUUGUGUGUAUGAUAGAAGCUUAAAGAUUAAAGGAUACAUAUCCAAACUUAACUAA